AUGAGAUAUAACUUUUCGCCUAGUCAAUGGAUACUAAUUUAUCUUAUCUUCGUUUGGCCCUACAAACGUUUCAACUGCAAUGGCAUUUGCACAAACAGUGGUUUGCAACGCUAUGAGAACGUCACUUUUGAGAAUGAUUCCUAUCGAUAUUCUCUUCAUUAUAAUUAUUCAAUGAGGAUUCAACAUAAUCAACCUCAACCAGUUUCGAGUGAACGUUUUAAAAAUAAGAUAAAUGGCAAAUACGAGGCUUAUCUUCAAUUCUCGUGUACUUAUUACGGUAGUCACGUACAAAAAAUUCAUUUUUACGAAGAUUAUGAAUAUAUAUAUGGAAGUUUCCAAAUUGGAAAAAUUAUUAAUUACAUAAAAAACUAUAAGAAGUCUGAAUCGGAAGUUUUAAAUGAGGCGAAAUUAAUAGGAGUCAAAAGGACUUUUUCGAUAAACGUAAAUGGUGCAGAGGCUACAGCCACAAUGACGAGUUUAAUAGACUCAAAUGGGAAGAUAUCGUUGUAUUAUGAUAACAUUCCUAAGGAAAUCAAGGAAAGUCAGUUGCAAUCAAAAAUAGUUGGACCAAUAAUUUGUGGAGAUGAUACAGCAGAGCAUGAGAUACGUGUUCCAGCAAAAUGGAUCAAAAGUGGUACGUUGGUGGAGUUUGAAGCCAUCGGAGAAAUUUGUUCGCAGUACAAUACAAGUGAGAUAUGUCAAAAUGCAAAGACAUCGAAAACGACAUGUAUUUGGUGUGAAAAAGGGGGGAAAUGUAUAGAAAGUAACAAUCAGAACACUCAUAGCUUGAAAGUCAAUGACUGCCGUGUUGAGACUACCAAGACAACGGAUGAAAAUAAGCAACACAAGUCACAUUGGUACUUGUACGUUGUAAUUCCUUUGGUCGCCUCUCUAUUUCUGAUAUGCAUCGGUUAUAUAAUUUGGAGAUGGUUACUUAGAAGAAAGAGAAGUGAUGAAUGA